UCUUAUCGCACAUCGCUAAGCAACAUCGCACCGCGCAAAAAGUGACGCGCAACAACUUUCAAUUUCAACGAUUGGUAAAAAGCGUGUGGAAAACUGAAACAAUGGCCGACGCUGAUAAUUUAGACAACUUGUCCAACGCCGAGCUGCGUGCACAGAUGCUGGCACAGGGAUUACCGAAUAUACCAGUCACAGACAGCAGUCGCAAAGUUUUAGUAAAACGUUUGCGUGCCUCACUUGGCGGCAACGCCACUUUGCCGGCAGCCACUGCCAGCCCUAAGAAGACCAGCACACGCCGCGAUACUUUGCAGCCAGCUGCUGCUGUCGCACAGGUAGAUAAACUAGAUGGCAUCCAGGCCGCAACCAAGACUCGCCGCACCAUUGCCUAUACGCCCAACGACACCAAAGAGGCCGAACGUCGCCGCCAGCCGGUGAACAAGCCGGAAACUGUGCCGGAGGCGGUUGCAGCAGCCAAACCAGUUGAAGCUGUAGCAACCAAGGCCGCGCCCAUACAGUCACGUCGCAUCUCCAACUCGGAGCGCCGUGAACAGAUACCCGAGCGGGUGAUUCGAAAGCCCGAAACCAUUGCAGAGGAGCCAACAGUGCCGAAGAAGCGUAACAAUGAGAACACAUUGAUGGUCAAUUCAUUGAUAAUACUGGAGUCGGAUGAGGAGGAGGACGAGCAGCUGGCCCAGGCUGCUCGCAAUGCUGAGGAUCAGUACACACACAACAAACAGGCCGCCCAGCAGCUCAAGCUGAGUGCCACCACAAUAAAUACUCAUGAUUAUGUACCCAAGUCGCUGUAUCCUAACCUGCAGCCCACGCAGGAGCAGCAACGUCCCAGACAGAUCUAUGAGCAGGCACCCAGUACCAGCCAGCCGCGCACUACCCUGGGCAGCAGCAGCAUCAGCAGCAGCCUUGAUUACCGUGUUUCAACUGGACGUUACAGCAGCUACGUGAGUCCGCCCGCUCAAAGCUAUAUAACUGGAGCCUCAAGAGCUGCUGCUGCUGUUGCUACCGCUGCUCCGCUCGGUGCCUCCGGCUUUCAACGCUCGGCACCGCGCACCUUCAGCAAUGAAUUCAGCGAUGAUACCGCUGAGGAGGAAGAGGAUGCCACGCAGGGCGUUCGUUUCGAGAGCGACUUUGCCCGCAAUUUGGCCCGCCUGCGUGCCGAACGUAUUGGGGACCGCAGCACCUCCUACAGACGCACCGUGGCUGGCGGCAGCAUUACUGGCGGUCGUCGCUCUCUACGCCCGGAGCAAAAUUCUUCAUCUGCUGCCUUAAUGCGCUGGUGGCAGAGCCUGGAUCACAAAUACAAGGUCACAUCGAAGCUGUUCAUAUUGAUUGUUGUGCUGCUGCUGUGUGGCGUCUAUCGCUUCUUUUACUAGAGAUUGAGAUUUCAUCUGUGCCAUAGCAAACGAAAAAAAAAAAUUACUUGAAUUUGUCAGCACUUUAAAAAACUUUAGUUCAGUCUCAUUGAUUUACCAUAUUUUCUCUGUUAAAUAGCCACAAAUUGUUUCGAUUAAUGUAUGUGUACUCUAUAUAUAUAUGUAAAUGUGUAUGUGCCGAUCAGAUUUGGCUGCAACAUGUUUCAACUACAAUCAGUUCAUGUAAUGCUGUCGGGCACUGUGUGUAUGUUUUACAUGUACCAAUAAAAAUAAAACCUAAACACGCUGUAACUUAAAUAUAAA